GAAUUGCUUUCCACCACAUACAGCAUGUGUGCACUUUUAUUCCUUUCUACAUGGGUUUUGUGCCUUUUUUUUUCAGUUGUCGGAACUUAGAUGUGUGAGUUUGAAGAGUAAAGAGUUACAUUGUUUAGUUAUGAACAGCAGAACAACAGUAUUUUUUCUGGUGGACUUUUUAUGUUUGUUUUUUUAAGUCAGAACUUGCAAGUCAUCAAUCAGGCUGUCUUUAGGAAUGUUUGCGAAGGCAGAGAACUGCCUUGAUCUUACAUUAUCAGCCAGAUCUUUUCUCUUUGCCUUGCACUUUUACAACAGUCACAAGCAUCAGACAGGUAGGGAAAGCAUCCUCCAAGGCCAACACAUGAGUAAUUGUUAAGUGGUAGAUCAGAGGAGGAGAAUGCACAUGGUGGCAUGGUUUAACUUAGGCUUAUGAUUCAGUUCUGGUUUAUAUAUCAACAGCUAAGCAGGUACACUUUUAUGCUACUUUUUAGUAGCAUUCUGCAUUAUACUAGAUGAUAUGAGACUAAAAUACAUUUAGAGUAUGAUUUGCAAUUUGCUCCCUUACACAUGAAAUCUUUUGUACCUAAGCUCUUUAAAUCCUUAAGGUUUCAGUGCACGUUUCGGGUAGGCACAUGUUUGGUAAUACAUGCUUCCCGACUCACAGCUUUGGGCUGUGCACUGUGGUUCCCUGUUAGCCACCAUGAAUACCGUUUCAAUGUUGAAUGUUAUUAGCAAAAUGUUACAAUGAUACAAUGAAGUAUCGUAACCUGGUGAGUCUUUUGAGUAGAGGCAUGUGUCUAAGUGAUACCAAUGGAAGUAGGGAGCGUUGAGUCCCUUCAUUGACUUGUCUCGUUCCUCGUCUAACCUGAUGAGAAGAAGGGAGAGCUGGAUCUGUGGGAAGGGGAUUUGGGCAAUAGUGACAGCCAAGGUAAUAAAUAAAUAAAACAGAUUUUCUGGCUCCCAAAUACCUAUUUAACCAUUGUGCCAUUCGUAAGUGAAAUAUCCUGCACUUAUUUAUGACUGUUCUCUACGAGAGUCCCAAAGUACUGAGUGUAUUCUGAAAAUGGGUGUUGAAUGUGUGCCAGAUGCAGAGGAGUUCCUAGUGCAGCAGUCCCAGCAGAGCUCAAAAGGUUUUGUGUAUGUGGUCCACCGGAAACUUGGUAUCUGGAAUUUAUAGCCACCUACAAGUUUAGCUGGUUGCUGAGUGGGAUUUCUGGAUCUUGCUGCAAAUCACAAGAUCAGAAAUCAAACACGCUUAGAUCGGUGUCUAGAGUUAGACUGUAAUGCAUACUGAAUUUAUUUGAAGUAGCUUAACUUGAAACAGGACACAGUGCUGUAUAUCACGUUCAUUCUCUGCAAAUAGGCUCAUUGUACAUUAGUUUAAAAAGAAUAGUAUCGUCGUUUGCAUGAUUGCAAAUCUAGGUAUUUGUAUUCACCUUUCUUAGAAGAAUGAAGCUUUACUAACCUUAAGAAAACUGUCUUUUUCGGUUGAUCUUUUGUAACUGUUUUGGAAGUGUCAGGAUGUGUGGGUGAGUCUGGAGGACUGAGCCAAAAGGAAUGUUUGUGUCUUCCCAGGUGAGUGCUGGCAUCCCACAGGCUUCGUUGCGUGACACCUAGCAGUGGCUCAGCACAAGUGUCUGUACAGUACCAGCACUAGUAGCUAUCAAGGCAGUUUAGAUGGGAAGUGAAAUAGAAGAUGAAUUCAGCUGAAAUCACUGCUGAUGAUGAAGUAAAAAUUCCUAAAAAAACUAUUGUGAAAGUAGAAACAGAAAACGAAGAUGAAGCUCUAGACUGCUCAGUAACAUCCAGAUCUGCUGAGAAACACACACUGGAUGGCGCAGUUACUUGCCUACAGGAUUCCAACAAACGGAAACAGACCUCACUUGGGUGUGAUGGUUCAGGGAGCCAGCAAGAUGUCUUACCCAGUGUGAAGAAAAGACGCUUUACACAAGAGGGCCCCCUUUCAAACAUGAAGAACAGAGAUACUGCCUCACCCACUCAGGUAAAUGCAGAGCAGCCAAACAAGAACAAGAAUCCUAAUGUAACGUGGCUCUGUGAAGAAGAAUCCUUCAGUGACAUAACCACUCCAUCUUACAAAAAACCUCUCUAUGGCAUCUCACACAAAAUCACGGAGAAGAAGAACCCGCCGGGAGCCGAGCAGUUUGCUUCUUACGAGUUGUUUGAAAAAAUCAACCCCAGCAGUCCCUCGCAUCUUCGGACUUUGAACGAUCAACGCAAAAGGGACUCGGCUGCAGCCAUUGCCGUAACAGCCGCCACCGCAGAUUCUGACCCAAAUAUUUAUUCUUUGAUACAGAAAAUGUUUUACACGCUUAACACCCUCAAUACCAAUAUGACUCAGCUUCACAGUAAGGUUGACCUGUUGUCUCUGGAGGUUAGCAGAAUUAAAAAGCAAGUCAGUCCAGCAGAGUCCGUUGCAGACUUCAGGCCUCCCCCGGAGUACCAGCUGACUUCUGCGGAGCUCAAACAAAUCAUGGAUCAAAGCACAUCAGGCGGAGACCUCGCUUGCCGGUUGCUCGUGCAGCUCUUCCCAGAGCUGUUCAGCGACGAUGAGUUCAGCAGAAGCUGCAGCGCAUGCGGCUUUCUCAACAAAAGGAAACUUGAAUCUCUUCAUCUGCAGCUUAUCCGCAACUAUGUGGAAGUUUGUUAUCCUUCCGUGAAGAAUACAGCUGUGUGGCAGGUGGAGUGUUUGCCUCAAGUCAACGAUUUUUUCAAUAGAUUUUGGGCUCAAAGGGAAAUGGAAAACAGUCAGCAGAAUGUGCAAUCGUCCAGUUUUUAUGAGACUGAGCAGGUCGAGUCCUCCCAUUUUAUGGAGGAUAAAGAGCAGGAGGAAGCUUUGUCCUUGGACAGGAGUAGUGCCAUUGCCUCAGAUUAUAUGCUGGAUGCUCAGGAUCUCAAUGAAUUUUUAGAUGAAGCUUCUUCUCCAGGGGAAUUUUCUGUUUUUUUGUUACACAGGUUGUUUCCAGAACUCUUCGACCACAGAAAAUUAGCGGAAAGGUACAGCUGCUUUGGAGACUCUGGAAAACAACUGCUGGAUCCUCAUCGGCUUCAAAUAAUCCGUAGGUACACUGAAAUUUACUUCCCAGAUGUGCAAGAAGAAGAAGCCUGGUUGCAGCAGUGUGUGCAGCGAAUAAAUGAUGAGCUCGAAAAUACAUAUAUGGAUGGAAGUGAAUGUGAUCAGAUGAGAGAUGACUGUUACGAUUCUUCUAGUUUACCAGACGAUGUAUCAAUCAUAAAAGUGGAAGACAGUUUUGAAUAUGAAAAACCUGGCAGACGCUCAAAAAAAAUUUGGCUUGUACCCAUAGACUUUGACAAACUUGACUUUCCCCCUCCCGAUUUCGAUGUCCCUGUCCCAGAUUACCUGUUGAACAAAGAACAGAUUAAAAGCAUAUAUGAAAGCAGUCUUUCCAUAGGCAACUUUGCCUCUCGAUUGCUUGUUCUCUUAUUUCCUGAACUGUUUACUCAUGAAAACUUACGGAAGCAAUACAACUGUAGUGGAUCUUUAGGCAAGAAACAGCUCGACCCCACUAGAAUUAAAUUAAUUCGACAUUAUGUGCAGAUACUGUACCCCAGAGCAAAAAAUGACAGAGUGUGGACGUUGGAGUUUGUUGGGAAGCUUGACGAGAGGUGUCGACGAAGAGACACGGAGCAAAGGCGGACGUACCAACAGCAACGGAAAAUCCAUGUGCCGGGGCCUGACAGGAGGGAAUUUCUCAGCUAUGCAAUAAACCCUGAGAGGUUUCGAGAAGAAUUCGAAGGGCCGCCGCUGCCACCGGAAAGAAGCAGCAAGGAUUUUUGCAAGAUACCACUUGAUGAACUCGUUGUUCCUAAUCCAGACUUCCCCGUGCCUUCUCUGUAUUUGCUGUCUGAUAAGGAGGUAAGAGAGAUAGUGCAGCAGAGCCUGUCGGUCGGCAACUUUGCUGCCAGGCUUCUCGUAAGACUCUUCCCCGAACUCUUUACUCCAGAGAAUCUCAGACUGCAAUACAACCAUUCAGGUGCUUGUAACAAAAAACAGCUCGAUCCUAUCAGGCUGAGACUGAUCCGUCAUUACGUGGAGGCAGUUUACCCCGUGGAGAAAAUGGAAGAAGUAUGGCAUUAUGAAUGUAUACCGAGCAUUGAUGAAAGAUGCCGGCGUCCUAACAGAAAAAAGUGUGAUAUACUGAAAAAAGCAAAGAAAGCAAAAAAUUCCUAAGACUUUGACCACUAAAUUAUUGUCAGGAUUAUGCUUUGGUUUAGACUGAAGGGCCUGUCGGGAGCCGAGGGUGCUCAGCGUCUAGGACAGUCAGGCACUGAGUUUGUCGCGUUUUAAUGUGUGUGUUGCAUCUACGUGGGCACCGCAGCAGUGGGAAGUGGCUUACUACAUUUGUACAUGGGUAAAGACCGUUAAGUCAUCGGUGACAGAGCUAUCAAUGACUAGCUAAGAGCAUGAGUUUCACUGGUGCAAAUACAUGUAUUGAAACUGUAUUACUCCACUCCCCAUUUCUGCAUCUUCCUUUUUUAUCACUUUCUAAUAAUAAAGGAUUUUUUUUUUAAAUCAUUGUGCUCUUCAGGGGCAGUUUUUCAUUAAACCCUUCUGAACAGUCUUGGUAGUUAAUUCGGAGUUUGAAAUUUAAACUUAAUUUAAAUUUGGAAGUGCCACGUUCAUUGGAAAUCGUUGGAAUAUUAGACUUCGCUCCUACAGUCAUUGCAGCUUCACAUGUGUUUUGUUUUUGAUGAUACUGAGAUACUGAAAAUAAUAAGACUGUGUCAAAUAAUGGGUCAGAAUGGUGUUAUUUGCAUUUUUGAGUGUUACCCAGGUUUUAUUUCUGAAAGCAAGAAUUAAUUGUUGAGGAAUUGAGAUGUGAGCGUAGACACAAUGUGAAUGGGUUUUUUUAAUAUUGUCGCCACAAGCUCAAUCCUGCCCCUGGGAGUUCUUUUUUUUGUUUUGUCCAGUGUCACUGCUGGCGCGAGUGAGGAUGGCUUGUCUGAAUAAAGCCAGUAGAACAGACCCAAGCCUAUACCCCUGGAAUAUCUUGCCAUCACCUGCUUGCCACUCAAUUUGUCAAAUAACAAAAACAACAACAACAACAAAAAGACACGAAACAAGAACUUAGAAAAAUUUUAGACCUUACUGUCUAUCAAAAUCAUGAUUCCAAAGGUUUCCAGUAUUCAUAUUGAAUCACAUAUGUAAAAAGUACGUGCAAAGAUUGGUUUUGUGAUGGAAUUAAGUGUUUCAGGGUCCCCAUGUAUGAGCUGUGGUAAUGUAACUUAUUCUUUGUGUGAAUGCAGCACCAUCUGGAUAUUUCAGGUGUGGGCAUAUUGAACUCUCUCACUUUGCCAAAUUGAUUUAGUGUAAUUAGUAGCUAUUUGGAGACAUAACUGUGUAUGUAUAACUUUGGUUCAUACGGUCAAGUUUGCAUCAUUAAUAUGUUCAAGUGUAACAAAGACCACCCAGAACCCAAUGUGAAUUUGCUGUAUGAUUUGUCACUGGAGAGUGCUGCUUUAAAACUAGUUUUCCUCCUUUUUUUUUGUUCUUUUUUUCCUUUAAAUACUGACAGAAAUGGUGAGAGAGAGUCAUCCAUGGAUUUUUGAGACAGUAAAGACAGUGGUCACCUACUGACCAUUGCCGGAAAACCUUGGAGCAAUUGUUGAUGUUUUCUGUGGUCCUUUUUUGUUGUUUACUUAGAUGGGUCAUAGUAUCAAAUUUUAAGUCGGCUCCAGUGUAAUUUUCUACUUUAGCAUUUGUAAGAAAGUACAAAAUACUUGAUAUUUUUACUUCAGAUUUUUAGAGUUUAGAGUCAUAUUGAUCCCUUUCUUUUAAAAGCAAAACAAAAUGUUUUUUCCUAAUGGCAAGAACUAGUAAUAUUAAACUGGGAGUAAAUCAUAAUAGAUCGUAGCAUAUGCUCAUUUUCCCCAUACGCUAGCAACAUUCUCAAAGAAUGUAUGAAGAAAGUCAUGAAUGUACUAAAUAAUACACUGAUACUGUUUAUAUCCAUUUAAAUGUUUCCUGUUGGUUUAAAUAAUAGCAGGCCAUGCACAAAAUGGAUAUCAGAGCAAAUAUGGCUAUAAUAAAAUGAGAACAUUUUACCAAAGAUAAAGAACUGAUACCACAAUGUCUGCAUCUUAUCUUUCAUUUUAGUGCAUAAAUUUAGCAAACUGAAUGUAUCGGAAACCAAGGCUUUCUCUUGUAAUUGUAUGCUACCUAGCACCUCUGUGAAAUUUUUCACAUGCACUUUUAUGGGAGAUAUAAAACAACUGAAAUUAUUAACAGCUGCUUAAUUUGUUGUUGCGAAUGGCUGGCCAGAAGGUAAGAAAUAUAAUUAUAUUUUCUUAUCUUAAUGUCAUACAUGUUUCACCACGUAGCGAUGUCAAAGCUCCCAGAAGAAUUCGAUAUAUGUUAAACUUUUGUAGAACUGACAGAUGUUACUAGCUAGCAUGCAAAUUUCAGACAUACUGGCUUUUACUGCAGAUGUUGACAUUAAGUCAAAAAAACAGUCCAUUCAUAUUAUCUACUAAGUAAUGAAAAAACAAUUUUCACCUUUGAAAAUUACAUUUUUGAAAGUGGGUAUAGGAAGAUUUUAAUCUUUUUUUCUCUUCUGUCUAAUUGCUGUGUACAUUCCUUGUAUCUCACUCUUCACAACCCUUUCACGAUUCGUUUGAUUGUAUGUUUUAUAACUGAUAUCAAGAAAAUACAGACGUAUGAAUAGUGACAUAGUUCACUAAUGAAAGCUCUUGCAGUGCAUCUGAAGUACAGCCACUUCAUCCAGUCGGUCAGUCCUGUAAAUAAAUUAAAGGUAUAUUAUUUUCAUACAAGA